UAAGGAUAUCUGACUUUGUGAACGCUCAAGGAGAAAGAAACCCGAGAGAAAGCGACACAAAACUCGAAGAAAAAUGUACUCACGCUCAAACAGCAUGACUCUGACUGUUCAGCAGGAGAGCUUCGCCUUCUCCAGGAUGGCAACCCGCAGCACGGAGCCCGAGGUCUUCACCUUCGAGCGGAUACCGACUCAGGCCACCGCCGUGCGCUCCUUCGUGCCCAUCCGGCCGAAGAAGCGCUGCACUCGGGUUAUGUACCCCGCUAAAGUCCGCAUGCACCUUCCCCCACCGGAGAAGAGCCAGGCAAAGCGCUGGCUGGUCAUCCUGUGCCUGGUGGUUCUGUGGCAGAUCUACACCGAGGAGCCCUGCGCCGAGACGCCGCUGGGCAGCGCAGACAGCCCGGUCAGCGACUACCAGGGUUUCUCCUUCCAGUCCGCCGAGGAGCAGGUGCGACAGUUCCAGGACCUCAGCGCCAGCUCCGAGCUCCUGUCAGCCUCACCGAGCAGCUGUGACGACAGCGCGUCCAGCGAACAGAUCAUCCCGGGCACCACCUGCCCCAAGCCCGCCGAGGAGACCGAGACCAGCCGGUCCUUCGAGCAGAGCGCCGGGAAGAGCUACAUGGUGGCUCUGCUUGUCUACCAUAGACUGGGCAGCGACAACUAGACCUGUGGGACUGGUUUAACUGCAAUCCGCCCGGUCUGGGCUCCUGGGAUCGAAAUGAGCCGAGAUGGAGUUGAUCCUGAGUAGCUUCUGGCGAGCAGCGGUGCGCCCUGCGCGGCGCAGCCGGGAGGAAGCUCCAUGCGCAGGCUUCUCCCUGCCAGCAGUCCCCCUGAAAGUGGAGAAGGACACAGUCUGGAAUGGGACAUUUGAAAGAAAGAAAGAACACUUGCAAAAAACUGAAACUUGAACUCAAGAAAACUUGAACUCAUCUCUGUGUAAUUCACACAUAGACUCUAGCUGCACUAACAGGCCUGCGGGCAAACGUCACUACUGUCGGUCACCGAGCUGAAACUGACACUGUCUGUUGUGUAAAUGUCUAAUUUAGUUAUUUAUUCUAUUUGCUAUUUAUUGAUUUAAUAAUUUUAAUAAAAAAAUGUCUGAACGAAGUUUCUGUUUCCAGCCUUUUCAA